CAUACGAGCUGUGGUGCUCUGUAAGGCAAGAGGUGUGUGCUGGCUUUACUUCUUUGUGGAUUUUUGGGAUAUACCUGCGAAAUAUGCCGCGAAAGAGGAAGCGAUGUGUUUCACGAUGAGAGGAGAAGUGCUGAUAUUCAGUCUUCUCUGCAUGUUGGCCAUGGGUAUUAAAGAAAAGGCGAUUUUGGAAAUAGUGUUACAUCGAGGCACUGAAAAUGGCGAGUACGCUAUCGAAACUGAGAGGCUAUCCGGAUACUAUACUUCUGCAGGGUCGACCGUCAGUGCCGAGGGGAACGUUUUACAGCUCCAUCCCAUGAGUAUCUGCAAUGAAAACUUGAACGAGAAACACCUGUAUGGUUGGGUGGGAGUGAUGAAGCUUGAAGCUGUGUUCUCCCGACCCUGUAUGUCUCUGUACCAACAGGCAAGGAAGGCUAUACACAGAGGGGCAACAGCUGUUGUAUUUGACAUCACAGAGGUACCAAGUGCAGCAAGCGAGCUUAACUCUCGGAUUGAUGAUCAACUUGACCGCCCAGUCAUUGUGAUCCACGGACUAGAGGCAGUGGAGUUGAUGCGUAUUAUAGAAGAGACAACUAACAAAGCGAGAGCCAGGAUCCGAUCCCUACACCCUCACCAGCCCAGCGAUCCUCAGACAAAUACCAAAGAAUAUUUUGACAUGGGCAUUUUUGUCGCUGUUUUCAUCCUCUUCUGUAUCAUCUGUAUCAUUGUCAUCCUAAAGUUAAAAUUGAGGCAUCGAGAGCAACAGCUUUCAAUGUCUGCGCUGGCAAAACGUGCAAUAUCCAAACUGGAAACGAGAAAAUUCAAAGGGUCGUCAUCGGGGAAGUCCCUGAGGGUCCAAACCCCGGUGUCGGACAUCUGCAGUAAUACGUCUGGCUGUGAGGGCUGUGCCAUCUGUCUGGACGAGUACACCGAGGGACAGAGCCUACGAGUACUGCCAUGUUCCCACGAGUUUCAUCGUCUUUGUGUCGACCCCUGGCUGGUCACACACAGAACUUGUCCCUUGUGUCUCUUCAACAUUGUAGCUCAGCCUGAGAGUUCUGUGGUCCAGGAGGAGCCUGUCAGGACUCGGAACGAACCUCCGACCCAUUCUUCUUCUCGGCCGAGUCGACACGAAAGGCAGUAUGAUAUACCUGCUAACAGUUCCUACGAGGUGCACGGUGGUGACACUUCUGUCUACCAACAACUUCCUCACACAGAGUAUCUUCAUUAUGUUCGCUCCAGUAGAGACUCUCGCUCAGCUCGAAGGCUGCUCCACCGUGGCUGUCCCUCUUGUGAGGGCACUCUUGGAUCAUCACCAUCAUCAUGUAGUUCAUAUUUACGCGAGUUUCAUCCAAACAUUUCAGGAGUCAUUAGUAAGCGUGCACCAGGGUCCAGUGAACACUACCAGAAUGUGCACUAUGCCCAGGCUGUGGCCCCUUGUUGUAGCCCUCCUCACACCCGUUCACAGUAUCAUUCCGCUCACAGGUUAGGGUACAGUAGCACCCCCUAUGUGACUACAACUAUAUAUAACUCAGGGAUAUCUUACUCACAGUGUAUGUCUGUGUAUGGAGGAAGAGGUGUGGCGGGGGGCGAGCAGUGUAGACGUCACACCAAGACCAGGUCGUAUCACAUCUCACCCUUCAACACUGGCCACACAUCAACACAGUGCAAGUACCCACGGCCAGGGGUAUGUGAGAGUGAACCUGAGUUUAGCGGGAGUGGGCGGGACUUGAGUGUGACAGCACAAUAUGGAAGCUGCAGUAGUAGUGGUUCGGACAGAAAUCCCAGUAGUAGUAGUCUAGAGUGUGAGCUGUGUCGAAAUGCCAACAUCCUCGACAGCAACCACAGUACAUAUGGGAGCAGUGAUAUUCGCGACUAUAGUGAUGCCAGCAGCUGCGAAUCCAAUAUUUUCUGGGGUGGGGCACCCGACCAAAUGUGUACAGAUGGCAGCUCGGAUCACAACUCAUUACCAGACAUUACGACGCACGCAAACACUGCGGAAAUAUGUGACUGUAAAUUGUGUUCAGGGGAGAUAAAUCAUGGAAAUCGUGUGUUUUGUGAAAAAAAAUCCCUAAAUGCAGAAAGUCGAUGUGUAUGUAAUAGUGAAUCUUCGCUCAACCUCAGCGAGCUCAGUGGGUGUGAUAGUGUACAUUCUUCCAAGGAAAUUUUAUGUGAAAACUGUGCUAGUAGCCAGGAAACGGUGAAAAUGUGUGCUAAGGGAGACAACUCAAGUAUGUUGGCCAGUGAGACAUUGGUGGAUACUUCACACUGUAGUAACAUGUAUUCUGAUGCUAGUCACAUCAUUAUAAAGGAUAGUUAUGGACGACCUUUACCUGAAAGACACAAAAAGUGCGAGGUGAAUGAGACCGAGGUUGAGGCUAGGGCCAGUACAAAUACUGUGAUGGUGCACAAACAAUCAUGUGAUCAAAACAAAAACACAAGUUUUUUGCCAGAAGACGAGUUGUAUUCCAAUUGUGAUGCUUCACAACAGUCACCUUUAUUAAUAGCUGGAAAACCAAAUAAUCCCUACAACAUUAGCAAUAAGCUAGAGGAGUCCAAACCUUCACCAAUAAACAAGUUAACUCCAGGAGCCCCUAGACCAGUGGCUAAACAGCUGGAUUUUAGUAUUAUUAGCAAGAGGCUAACACGCCUUCUAUCUCCUAGAGACAUGUUUCCAGAGGCUCAUGGGUAUUGCCCCUGGCAACAAACAUGCGAUAGUUGUCAUAGCGACCACACAGCUUCUCACCCUUCAAUGGUGGUGUGCUCUGAAGAAGGAGGCUACUUGACUGUUCCACUGGAUGAUGAAGAACAUUACAACUCUGUCAAUGCAGUAUAGUCCGUGACUUACGUGGCAUCAUCCUCGGUAUAGUCCGUGACUUAUGUGGCAUCAUCCUCAGUAUAGUCUGUGACUUAUGUGGCAUCAUCCUCAGUAUAGUCCGUGACUUAUGUGGGAUCAUCCUCGGUAUAGUCCGUGACUUAUGUGGCAUCAUCCUCAGUAUAGUCCGUGGCUUAUGUGGCAUCAACCUCAGUAUAGUCUGUGACUUAUGUGGCAUCAUCCUCAGUAUAGUCCGUGACCUAUGUGGCAUCAUCCUCAGUAUAGUCCGUGACUCUGUGACUUAUGUGGCAUCGUCCUCCUUAUGUCCCAUCCAACAUCAUCCUCCCCAAAGAACAGUGGCAGUGAUAGCUAUCUCAAUAAACAGGGCCAAAUUCUUUAUUGUUUAAUUGAAAUUUCAUCAGCUAUAUAUAAAAAAGAUGUAUAAUGCGGGUAUGAAUUAUUGUAAUUUCAAUUUAUUGACACUGUCUGCAUUUAUGUCUUUUUGGUUUUUGUUCAUUAUUUAGACCCAUAAAUAAUCAACAUCAAAGAAAUAAUGGUUAUAACCAGAGCAUGAAAUUAAGUCAAUAUACUACAGUACAAGAAUACUCCUGUUCAAAAUAGGUAAAAUACCCAUUUUUUUGCUAUUUUUUGAUUAUUUAUAUUAAUUAUUAAUAACACUUACACAACCAUUGAAUACUUGCUAGUGUUCCCUAGCUCAGACUUAAUCUGGUUGUUUUUCUGGUAUAAUCAUACUGAUAAUGUUCAAUCAAGGGUCAAAGGAAAAACAUGUCCAAUCAGGGGUCAAGGUCAGAAAAAUCCAAUCAAAUGUAAAGGUCAGAAAAUGUUCAAUCACAGAUGUUAAAAAUGUCCACAAUCAAAGGACAAAAUCAGAAAAUGUUCAAUCAGGGGCCAAGGUCAAAAGGUUCCAUAAGGAUCAACAUAAGAAAAAAUCCAUUACAGAUCAAGGUCAUAAUGUUCAAUCAGGGGUCAAGGUCAGAUAAUAGUUUAUUAGCAUGUAAUUGUUUGAAUGCCUUCGGAAGGCUCAGUGCAAUAAUGAAUGUGGUACAAAAAAAAAGUUUAUGAGGUCAUGAUCAUGAUCUUUGAUUGAAUGUCUUCAGAUCUUAACUGUGGGAUAAUGUGCUGUUUAUUGUGUAUGGAAUAUGGUGCUAUAUAUGAAAAAUAAAGUCCUUACAAGUGUGAGAAUGAUUUAAUGUGAUUACUGAAUUACCUUGGUAUCGGUGUAAAUGUGUGUACAAUUUCUGAAUGACCUUGGUAUCGGAGUAAAUGUGUACGAUUACUGAAUGACCUUGGUAUCGGAGUAAAUGUGUACGAUUACUGAAUGACCUUGGUAUCGGUGUAAAUGUGUAAGAUUACUGAAUGACCUUGGUAUCAGAGUAAAUGUGUACUAUUACUGAAUGACCUUGGUAUCGGUGUAAUUGUGUACGAUUACUGAAUGACCUUGGUAUCGGUGUAAAUGUGUAAGAUUACUGAAUGACCUUGGUAUCGGAGUAAAUGUGUGUACGAUUACUGAAUGACUCUGAAGGUAAUGUGUCUGUUUACCAAGAGUGUUUCUCUCGUUUUGUUUCCACUGGCCAGUGAAUAUUGUUAUAUGUGGACACUCUGGUGUCCGUAUAGUUUGAUCAUCCAAUUACAGAAGAGAUUAUAUAAAUCCUGUUUCUGUAACAAGUUUUCUGAUUGGGUAGCUCAAAUGAAGGGUAUUGAAUGUUUUAUACAGUAAUGUGUAGGCAAAGAUUCAGUUAUAAGUUCUCUAGCUACAUGUGUCAACCAUUUGCAUUCUAUUUUGUAAAAUUAUUUAUUUAAUCAAUAAUUAAAAUUAAUUUCUUUUCAAACAUAUUAGAUUCUACUACAAGCAUAACCAGAAACAUCCUUUAUACUUCAUUUAAUAUCCUCAUCAGUGCUUUCUUUUGCAACUAUUUUAUUUCUAAAAUAUGUAAGGUUCUGCAUUUAUUAUCUCCCCUUUUUACAUACAUAUUUGUCAAGUUGGUCAUUGUUUUCCUGGAGCAGUGUACAUCUCUGUGCAGGCUGUAGGACGUUCCUUGAUGAUUCAUACGUAAGUUAAUGGAAAACGUACAUUUUUGUGACCAAUCGGUGCCGACAGUGCUGCCAUGGUGAAGUGACAAUCAUAAUCGUGUUUAUGUUCAUUAUAAAACUACCUCAUGUUAGGAAAGAGCCAGACAAUACAAUGUUUAAGUCAGAAAUGAUAACAUUUACUGUGUUAUAACUUGCAUUGUAUAGUGUGGGGGUGUCAAGAGGGUUCCUAGAAACCAAUUAGUCCUGAUUAAUGACUUAACCUGUAUUACAAUUCAAUAAGCUGGGAAUUCAAUUUUUCUGAGUUAAAAGGAUAAAGAUAAUUUCUCUAAUGAUUUAGAUUUACAAGUAACCUACUAAGUGGGACAUCUUUUCUCUGAUAUAGUGUAAUUUAGAUUUGAAAGUAACAAAACAAAUGUUCUCUUUAAUAACUAUUAGAAAUUUUAAAGUUAUAAAGAUUAAGGAAUUCCAAUCCUCUUCAAUGAUAAGCUGAUUUUAUAACCGAACUUAUGUCCUAAUAAAUUACAAUUUAAAUUGACAAGUUACAAAUUAAGCUCCGCCUCCCUUACAAAAUCACUUACUCUUUACUUAGAGAUUUUAUCUCCUCGGAAAUUUAUCAAGAUACUUGCUGAAGUUUAAUCUUUACACUGGUGACAAACCAAAUAUCAGAAAAUCUUUUGAUCAAUUAACUCACCAGCUUUAUAUGAAAUCCAGUAUCAAUAUUAUACAAUAAUUUAGUACUUGGUGACAUUUGUAAUAUUACAUUGUCAUAUUGCUCAAAUAUUUCCAACUAAUUCCACAUCUCUACAUGUAUGUGACAUGUCCGGUGUGAUAGCCUUAUAUAUACGAGGUAGAACAGUGUUUAUAAAAGUGUUUACUGUAGAAAUGUUUAGAACCAUUAUGGUAUUCUUAUUUUCUAUGACAUAGACGGGCAUUAUGUAUUCUUAGGUACUUUCUGUAAUAUCAAAUCUCCCUAAGUAAACAUUGAAGUUAAAUCAAUGAUGUUUUCCUAUAUAAUAUAUGCGUAACAAUCGUUUUACCCAGACCUAUUCCAAUAUUUUAUCUUUCAGCAAGCUGACAUAAUAUAGAGAUGGAUUUUUAUUGUUCUGUAUUUUAUAUUAACUUAAUGGUGUAUUGGGGUGUUGGACCAGUUGAAAUGCACAGCAUUGUGCUUUGUGCUCUAUCCACCAUACUAAGCAAAUCCUGAGUUGGCUAGUUGUAGUUAUUUGCAUUUGACAAACUUACCUCAUCACCUGAAGAUAUGCAGUUAUCUACCCUUGAUAAUUUCAAAAACAUAUACUGUGCAUAGACUCUGAUGUGCUACACAUGUAGUUAUCUGCCCCUGAUUCACUAAAUGCUUGCAAUAAGUUCAUUUGCCUCUGACAUGUCAUUAGUUUUGAAAUAUAUUCCAGAUACAUCAACCUUGCAGUUAUAUGCCCUCAAUGUCACUAAACAUUCCUGGACAUUUCAUUAGUUUUGAAAUACAUCCCUGAUAUACUAGGCUUGCAGUAAUUAUUUAAUCUGCUCCUGAUUCACAAGACAAGCAGUUAUCUGCUCCUGAUUCACUAGACAAGCAGUUAUCUGCUCCUGAUUCACUAAACAAGUAGUUAUCUGCCCCUGAUUCACUAAACAAGUAGUUAUCUGCCCUGAUUCACUAAACAAGUAGUUAUCUGCUCCUGAUUCACUAGACAAGCAGUUAUAUGCCCUUGAUCCACUAGACAUUCAGUUUUCUGCCCUUGAUCUUCUAGAUAUUCAGUUAACUGCCCUUUAUCUACUAGACAUUCAGUUAUCUGCCCUUGAUCUACUAGAUAUUCAGUUAUCUGCCCUUGAUCCACUAGACAUUCAGUUAUCUGCUUCUGACACACAAACAAACAAUUAUCUAUUGCUAUUAACUGCCCCUGCCACAUCAGAGAUAGGUCAGUGUCCUCCCUUGGCUCCAGUGUCAGAUGAAUGUAGGUUCUGUGUACAUUGUUAUUAACUGUUCUAACUGUUGUCAGAUGAGGAAGGAUGGGGAGUGAGAUAUAACGUGUGGACACCAAUGUGUUCAAUUUAUUUACUGAGUGGAGGGAGACUUUGUGUAAGGACACCAACAGUUCAGUGUAUUGAUUUGGACAAGUGUUUAUUCCAUGUGAACAUUUUUCAUGGAAAGUUAUGCUAGCUGAAGACCAAAAAAAGUCUCAGAUUUACCGAUAGUUGCACUCUUUGAUCAAAGGGUGAGACAGUCUCCUUGUUGUUAGAACUCUUGGAUCCAAGGGCCCGACAGUAUGAACAUAAAUGUUACUUUUGGAUCCCAAAGGUAUAUUACAGGUGAGUGAGGAUGUGGUCCAUUCUCCAGGCACAUACAGUUAGACUGUAAUGGUGCUACGCUGGAGAAUAGACAUUAUACAUAAGUCCAGUUAGACUGUAAUGGUGCUACGCUGGAGAAUAGACAUUAUACAUAAGUCCAGUUAGACUGUAAUGGUGCUACGCUGGAGAAUAGACAUUAUACAUUGUAUAAGUUAUGUUAGUUCAUUGUUAUUAUUUUAACAGCACAAGGAAUUACCAUGUGUUGGCAACAUAAGUCGUUAUUAUUAAACUGAGAAGUAUUUCAUUAUUCUUAUUAUGCGACUUCUGCGUCACAAAAUGCAAUAUUAACUUAUCCUCCAUUCCAUGGUGACACUGUGGAAAAAACUGAAAUAAAGUCAGAAAUCUA